CCGGGCGAAGGCGCUAGUCAGAUGCACACACAUGCCCUGAGUGGCGAGGUGCCCCGUGUAUCCGGGGCUGGCAGUCGGCAGCCGGGCGUCUAGGAGAGGGUCCGCAGCUCCAUGAUGACCCCCCUAGGCUAACCGACCCCCCGAGCCGAGCGGUCGGAGCGCCCCGGCCGGAGGGAGCGCGGCGAUGGGCGGCCACCGGCAGGACGGGGUCAGUCUGUGCGAGAAGGCGCUGCACAUUGUCACCGAGCUCUGCUUCCGCGGGCUGGUGGAGCAGAGGAAAUGUUACGAGUUCAUCUUCAGCGGAGAUCGGAGGAGCGGAGUGAACGGCGCAGAUGUCUCGGUCAGUCUGCUUGCCGUGGUGGUCAGUUUCUGUGCUCUUGCCCUGUUGGUAGUGUCACUGUUUGUGUUUUGGAAGCUUUGCCGACCCUACUGGAGGAACAAAGCUCUGACCUCUGCUGCCAAUAACGCCCCCCAGCCCUCGCCCGAACGAAGCCCGCAGCCCGAGGAAGCUCCGGAGAAGAAGGAGGUGCAGGAGGUGAUGAAGGAUGCGGGGAACUGCACCGUGCUGCUGGCGCCCGCCAUGAAGAUCAGCCAGACCUCGCCGGACAUCCCAGCGGAGGUGCAGGCUGCCCUCAAGGAACACCUGCUGAAGCACACGCGUGUGCAGAGGCAGACCACCGAGCCCACCUCCUCCUCCAGGCACAACUCCUUCCGGAGGCACCUGCCGAGGCAGAUGCAGGUGUCGAGCGUGGAUUUCAGCAUGGACAGCCUGCCGCGGGGAGAGACCACCACCAGCAUUGGCCGCAUCAAACCCGAGCUCUACAAGCAGAAGUCCGUUGACUCGCAGGACGGAGAUAAGGAGGAGGUGCAGACCAGCGGCAAGGUCAACUUUACUCUGAAGUACGACUACGAGAACGCGACUCUGACGGUCACCAUUCUCAAAUGCUUAGACUUGCUGGCGAAGGACUAUUCCGGAACCUCGGAUCCCUACGUUAAAAUCUACCUCCUGCCGGAUCGCAAGAGGAAGUUCCAGACUCGGGUCCACAGGAAGACGCUGAGCCCCAUCUUCAACGAGACCUUCCAGUUCCCCGUCUCCAUCGACCAUUUGAACAACCGCAAGCUGCACUUCAGUGUCUUUGACUUUGACCGCUUCUCCAGACAUGACCUGGUGGGAGAGGUGGUCGUGGACAACCUGUUCGAGCUCCUCGAGCUGCCCAAAGAUGACACCAUCUGGAGGGACAUCAUUUACGUCACGUCGGAGAGUGUGGACUUGGGGGAGAUCAUGUUUUCCCUGUGCUACCUCCCUACGGCGGGACGUAUGACUCUCACCGUCAUCAAGUGCAGGAACCUGAAGGCCAUGGACAUCACCGGCUUCUCGGACCCGUACGUUAAGGUGUCCCUCAUCUGCGACGGAAAAAGAUUGAAAAAACGGAAAACCACCACAAAGAGGAACACGCUGAACCCUAUCUACAACGAGGCCAUCAUCUUCGACAUUCCUCCAGAGAGCAUGGAGCAGGUCAGCUUGUUCAUCACAGUGAUGGACUAUGACCGCGUUGGACACAAUGAGGUGAUCGGUAUGUGUCGUGUUGGGCAGGACGGGGAGGGUCUGGGCCGCGAGCACUGGAACGAGAUGCUGGCGUAUCCACGGAAGCCCAUUGCCCACUGGCACCCACUGGCAGAGGCCCCCGGGAGAGCGACCAGCUUCGACAGCCAGGGAUCCUGCCCGUCUCCCAAACUGCCGCCCUCACCCUAGGAGGGACGGGCUCGGAGGCGGGGAUCACCGGCCCGGAGCACUGGGAGUCGCGGGAGUGGCCGUGACGUCUGGGACGAUCCUAGCGUUGGCAGCGGCAGGUUUGCUGGGGUCACGCGGACCGCCGGUGACUGAUCUCAGCUGCUCUCUGCUCCGAGGCUCGGAGGGGGUCUUUUCUGGGAUUUA